UCGCAAUUAGCGAGGGGGAGCGGCGGCGGUCGUGGUGUCGUGUGGUGAAGUGAAGAGUUUGAAACUCCGUUGAAGUGGUGAACGAGGCGGGAUCAGCCGCAGGAGCGACUGACGAGCUGCCAGCCACUAUGUCAUCCGGUCAGGAAUCCGUUUUCUCUGAGUAUGAGACUGACACCAGCCAGACAUCGAAGCUGUUAAGAAAAUUUAAAGAGACGCCAUUUGUACCCAUCGGGAUGGCUGGCUUCGCCAUGGUGGUUGGCUACGGGCUGUACAGACUGAAGCACAGAGGCGACAUGAAAAUGUCCCUUCACCUGAUUCACAUGCGCGUGGCAGCCCAGGGCUUCGUCGUGGGAGCCAUAACGUGUGGUGUGCUGUAUUCCAUGUUUCAGGAGUACGUGGUGAAGCCCAAGGAGUAAUGGAAAGAUGACCGAAAUCUCUGUCCUGGUGGUGGCCUGUGUACUGCAGCUACAAACCUCAUAUCGACGGGUUCUUGAGGGAAAAAAAAAAAAAAAAAAUGGUAUAAGAGAAUUGCCCUAUAUGUAUUUUGUGUAUGGUACGCUGUUUUGAAGCUGGCAGCCUAAAUGAUUGCGCACUGGGGGAGUGGGUAUCAGGGUCUGGUUCUUUCUGAUUGACACUACCAUAUCCCACUUUUUAGGGGAUAUAGUAGAGUACAAUCCCUUUAUUUUCUCCUCGACUGUCAACUCAGUCCUAAAAUUGCUGACUCCUUUUUGCUGCCGUUGCCCAAAACCACAAAGUCAGGCCUCGGGCAGAACCUCGAGGCCACGUCUGUAAGAUAGUGUCGUGAAUGCUUUGCUGUCAUUUUCUGUCCUGUAUACUUGUCAGCCUCCAACUUUGUAACUUAGAAGCUUCCAGUAGCACUGAAUGACUUCUAAAAUAUUGAGAGAGAUGUAAACGUCUAUUUUUAUUAUUUAAGGCAUGAGAUAAGUAUUUGGUAUGUUGCAGCUAUUUAAAUGUUAUAUUUAUUAAUUAUUAACGAAGACACAGGCUCCCUAUUUUUACUAUAGAUUUUCAGACUCUUGGAUUACUAUAUUUUGUAAUUUUAUUUACAGUGUUCUUCUGAAUAACAUUUAAAUGUAACAUUUAAAAUACAGUGUGAAAAGUAAACCUUGAUUUGGUGUUCUAAUGCUUUUAAAGUGUAUGAUCUAGCUCUGAUUUCUGCAGUAUCAUUUCCCAUAGAAAUUUUAAAACAUUUAAAUCUGAAAAGCCCCCAUCAUCUUCGAUGAGGUAUUAAAACCCUUCUCUGUAAAUUGCCACUGUUUACACUCGAACCCCUUGUAUCUCCAACAGCAGUCACAAAAAUAAAUGCAUUGAUAAAGCCAAUUUGUAAAAACCUCAUUUUCUCCUAUUCGUUUACAUUCCAUGGGGACAGUAUGAUGUCUCUUUGUAACAAAUGCCGCAAGGUACAUACUGCACCGCUGUCUGUGACAUUGUACAGAGCAGUGGGAGAUGAAAUACAAAUAAAUGUGUGAGCACUGGAGAUAA